AUGCACGCGCCGGCGAGGAAGGGAGGGGGCCGCGGCCCGGUUGCGGCGGCGUUGCUGCUGCUGGCGGCCGGGGUGUUGGCGUUUCUGAUCUCGUACAGCGUGCUCGCCAUGGUGCUGCGAGGCGGCGGCGGUGGCAACGGAGGAGGAGGAACCGCGGGGGUCAGGGACCCGGUGGUGCGGAUGCCGGAGUGGAUGCGGGCGGCGGGCGGCGCGAGGGGCCGGAGGCGGCCGUUCCACGUGGCGCUCACGGCCACGGACUCCCCCUACAGCAGGUGGCAGUGCCGGGUCAUGUACUUCUGGUACAAGCGGAUGCAGGCGCGGCCGGAGGGCGCCGACAUGGGCGGCUUCACCCGCGUGCUGCACUCGGGGAAGCCCGACGGCCUCAUGGACGAGAUCCCCACAUUCGUCGUCAACCCCCUCCCCGCCGGCAAGGACCGUGGCUAUAUCGUCCUAAACAGGCCAUGGGCAUUUGUACAAUGGCUGCAGCAGGCAAAGAUUGAAGAAGAGUACAUACUGAUGGCAGAACCAGAUCAUAUAUUUGUGAAACCUUUACCAAAUUUAGCUUUUGACAAUGAUCCAGCAGCAUUCCCCUUCUUUUACAUCACACCAUCCGAACAUGAAAAAAUUAUCAGGAAAUACUAUCCUGAAGAAAGGGGUCCAAUCACAAAUGUUGACCCUAUCGGGAAUUCCCCUGUAAUAAUUAAGAAGACACUGCUUGAGAAGAUUGCUCCCACAUGGAUGAAUGUAUCACUACAAAUGAAAGAGGAUCAAGAGACUGAUAAGGCUUUUGGAUGGGUUUUGGAAAUGUAUGCAUAUGCUGUUGCCAGUGCAUUGCAUGGGGUUCAACAUAUCCUUCGUAAAGAUUUCAUGAUCCAGCCACCAUUUGAUAAGAAGCUCGACAAUACAUUUAUUAUCCACUUCACCUAUGGAUGUGACUAUACACUCAAGGGCGUACUGACAUAUGGAAAAAUUGGUGAGUGGAGAUUCGACAAGAGAUCAUACCAAGAUAGGCCACCGCCAAGAAAUCUUACAUUGCCCCCUCCAGGAGUGCCAGAAAGCGUGGUCUUGGCAUACAUCAGCUGUGCUUGGGAUCGGAAGCUGGUUACACUGGUAAAAAGGGUCAAUGAAGCUACCGCAAACCUUCCUAGGUGGGAUGAUGGAUUAUAA